ACUUAGUAUGGAAGAGUUAUUUCUUAAUCGCAUAUUAAACUCUGUGGAAAGCCUACGGAAUGAGUAUCGGGAGGUGAAGGAUAGUGUACGGAUUAUAAUGGGUGAUUUGCAGACAUUAAUUGAUCUUAGGAAACGUAGAGAUGAUGAGCGAAGAAUGUAUGGAUGUGAAAUGGUUACAAGAUUUGGCAGCAAUUGUGAUGAUGCGAAACUCGUGAACCAAAUGAUUUAUGAUGAAGGGAAAGGGGUUGAUUUGGAUAUCCAGCGAGUUCGUUUCGUCGAAGGGGGUAAUAAGUAUGAAACUAAGGUUGGAGAUAUCCAUGGUGGUGAAGUACCGAAGCGUAAAAGUCAAUCCGGGGAGUUGAAUCACCCCACUUCUUCCUUUGGUUUGAGUGGUAUUAAAUUUGGUUCUGUAAGUUCUACUAAUUUAUGUAAGAAAAAUGAAAAGGUUAUACAUAAGACGGAGGGUAGUUGUGGGGGAAUGAAGAGGGGAAAAUUUGACGAUAAAGUUUUUAAGAUGUCAUCCCAAUUUGGAGAAACUCUACUGCAGCGUGAGAUGUCGAUGAAAGUAAGUAAUUUGAAUUUGAAUGUUCUUAUAUUUCUGUUGUAUAUACAAAAGCAUUAUUUUGAAGACAUAUUUAUAUUUGAUUGUGGAUAAUGCAGAAGGCUAGAGUAGGUACGAUAAACCCGAUGACAUUAUUUACAGACGUUAAGGGAACAAGCCAUCGUCGGGCAGGUGCAUUAGGUGGUAGUUCCCAUAUUGGAAAGGUAACGAUGAUAUUAAAUUUUUUAUUUAAUUGUUCAAUAUUAUUGUCUUUAGUACCGAAUAUUAUGUAUAUGCAGGGUGAGAGUAGUUCUCAGUCAUUGCCACUUAGCUCUGCACUAUUAAAGGGUGAUGUUCAGAUGAAAAUGAUUGGUCUGUUUAAUGCAAGUGCCCCGAUACUUGACGAUCCUGAUAUUGCGUCACUGGUUGAAUUUAUUUUUGACCCAGUUGUACCUGAUGAAAUAUUGGUGGAGACGGAUUUUAAUUUCCUCAAUAGAGAUUUGAUUAGAAGCUUGGGUCCGGGUAAGAAGGUGAUGGGUGAGGUGUUGAAUGUUGUUUGCGAGGUGAACACACGUGCAGCUCUGCUAGUGUCAGCAGAAGACGGAAGAGCUUGGUAUUUGAAUACAAGAUUGACAGUAGGUUGGUCUAUUCAUUGGUUAGUUUGGUUGUUUGGGCCCGAUAAAUACUAAAUUCGACUAUAUCACAACACAGGUAGCUGGAAUUAGCAUUGAUAGUUUAUUCCCAGACAAUGGUCGUGAUGAUUCUGCGCGGAAGUUUUACUUUGGUGAUUUGAAGAAAUGCCAG